UCACGUGGUUUUAUGUUAAUCUGGGAUCUCUGGCAGAAGCGCCUGGCAGUUCCCAGAGGACAAGGGACAAUGGCUGGUGACAGCAAGAAAACUGUCCUCGUAACUGGGUGCUCGUCGGGCAUUGGGCUUAAGAUUGCAGUUCAGCUGGCAAAGGACCCGCAAGAACGUUACUAUGUAAUAGCCACCAUGAGAGACCUGGGGAAGAGUGGCAAGCUGGAAGCAGAAGUGGGAGAGGCCCUCAACAAGACUCUGGUGAUCAGACAGUUGGAUGUGACCAAAGAAGACUCAGUCAAGAAAUGUCUGGAUGACCUUCCGGGUCAGAGAGUUGACAUUCUGGUGAACAAUGCGGGCGUGGGGCAGAUUGGACCUAUAGAGAGCUUUUCCAUGGAGGACAUGAGAAAGGUGUUUGAAACCAACUUUUUUGGGGUUGUGCAUCUGAUUAAAAAGGUCCUUCCUGGGAUGAAGAAGCGAGGGGGUGGCCAUAUUGUGGUAAUCAGCAGCAUCAUGGGACUUCAAGGGGUGAUAUUCAAUGAUAUUUAUGCUGCAUCCAAAUUCGCCAUUGAGGGAUUCUGCGAAUGUUUGGCCGUCCAGCUGUUAAAAUUUAACAUUUUUGUUUCCAUGAUAGAACCAGGCCCUGUGAACACUGAGUUUGAGAUGAAGUUGAUGGAAGAGGUGUCCCGCUCUGACUUCCCUGGUUCUGAUGCUGACACCAUACGCUACUUUAAAGACAUCUAUCUCCCUUCAGCUCAUGAGAUCUUCUCUAGCAUGGGGCAGACACCUGAGGCAGUGGCAAAGGCAACAGUUAAGGUGAUCGGAAUGCAACAGCCGGUGUUUCGUCAUCAAACCAAUGUUCUCUACACCCCUUUGACAGCCUUGAAGUAUGCUGACAACACUGGGAAUCUAUCAGUCCGGACCUUCUAUAACCUACUCUUCAACUACGGCACCCUCUUCCACUUAAGCCUCGGCUUCUUGAGGUGCAUCACCUGCAACUGCUUCCGUAGGAGGGUGAUGCCGGUGUGAAGAUGCCAUUGCACCAAAAGUGACCAGUUAGCACCUAUUUAUCAUGGUUUCCCUAAUGGCAAAAUUUGUCGUUUGAAGUUAUUUUCAUUACAGUUGAAACAAGGCAAGGUUGUCCUCUGCUCCCUCUCUGCAUAGAAGCCUUUUCCUCAGCACAUGAUGACAGAAAGAUGAUGAGAAUAAUCUUUUUAAAAUAUUGUGAAUCAUUUAAUACCCUUAACAAAAUGACUUACUAAAAACUAUUUAUGUUUCUUCUGGAGCAGGUUGCAGGUUUAUUUCCCAGCAUGCUAGCUUCUGCAACUAUUAGCGCCAACCUCAAUUCAUGCAGAAAUGUGCACUUGUGCUCAGUGUUCGAAGGCUGCACCAGGUGCAUCCCAGGAUUCAUUCCCUGGGGGAGUUCCUGCCCUUCUUGCUAGACCCACUAUUCAAUGAGCACAGGGCCAACUUCAAGAUAUAUACAGUGUAAAGGUGGCCAUACAUGGUCCAACAGACCGAGUCAGCAGCUUAUUAGCCUGUGUGUGGGGCCCUCCAACGGGCUUCCCUGAUCGAUAUCUGGCCUAGAGUCAGCCAGAUGUCAAUCAGGCAGAGCUAAAAACCUGUCAGAUUGGAGACUGCAUCUGUUCGUUGAUGCUGUCCUGCGAUCCGUCCACCCAUUAUGAUACGAUCAUUGAGCCCACGAAUGGAUCAGCCCGAUAUCGCCCACCUCAAGGUGGGCAUAUCUGGUAGAGAUCCGCUCAUAUGGCAAAUCAUCAAGCAAGCGGAUAUUUAUGUGUAUGGCCACCUACCCCUGUUUUUACAAAUUUCAUCUAAACCUUCAAAAUGUAAAAUGGAAGUAAAAAUGCUCAGAGUGCUCUUCUUGGCACUUCUUCUGCAGAGCAUCAUCACCAGAUUUUCCUUCUCACUAACUAAUGAACAGCAAUUGGUGCUGUUAUAUAAAAAACUGCUAAUAUUUGGAAAACUACAGAAGUGCUUAGAAGAGCGCAGAUAUAGAUAAUAUACAUUGUAUUUUAAUUACCUAGAGAUAAAUGAAUAUAUUCUUUGCACAUUAAAAGUAAUAAAAGACAAUGAUUUUUCA